UUGUUGUUGUUUUUUACCCUUCCCCUCUUCCACACUCACCGUCAUUAGUUUAUAGAGAAUGCAUGUAGAAAUUAUUUCCUUAUGGAAAUGGAUUUAGAGGAAGUAGUACUUCUUUUAUUGAAUGACUCACGUACGUGUGUAGUUUACACGCAGUGAUAGAGGAAAUUGUGCAUAAACUAUGAUGUUCAUCGCAUCUUAUGUAUUUCUCUUCUGUUUACAUUUUGUUCAUUCAAAAGCUGGACUCGGGGUAGGAGUCUGCGCUCGUGAUCCUUUGAGAUGCUGUCCUAAUUACCGACGUGACGGUACAUUCUGCAAUCCUUGUGAUGUAGGUACCUAUGGACACAAUUGCUCUGGAGGAUGGUGUGUUUAUGGAUCGUAUGGAUUUGGAUGUUUAAAGAAGUGUAACUGUUCACGUGAUCAGUUUUGUGACGUAAUUACAGGAUGCUCAUAUAAUAACACUGCAGAAGAAGAAGAAGAGAGCAAAGAUCAGGGAAUCAUACACAAGAUUUUACCUGUUUUAUUGGCCGUCAUAUUCAGCGUCGGAUCAAUCUUAGUUAUCAUCGUCGUACUGUACAAUGAAAGAUUAAAGUUUUUCAGACAAUAUUUCUCAGAGUGGAGGACCAGGCGUGUCUCUAACAACUCUGCCAUCCAUAAUUCGGACGAGCCUCAGGAAGACUACUCUCAGAUGACAAGAUCAUCUAACAGUUACAACGUACUCAGCUUUGAUAGGCACAACGCAAUUUCCACUUUCAACGCCACUGAGGAGGAAGACAUCUACGACGAAGGUGGCGCCGUUGUCGUAAACAGAAACGAUGACUUUCAGGACAGCUACGUAACACUUGCUCUUCAGCGGAACCAAAGGAUGAUCGCCGUUGAAUUUGAGAAGAGUUCAAAUACUUAUGCUAUGAAGGCAGCUGAUGAUAAGGAUGGUGACAGCUAUGUUACACUAGCUGUCAAUGAGAACGAGGCUACGGGUCACAAUUCAAACGGUACUUCCAAUAGCCUAUUGACAACACCACAAACAGAAAGUUCGGAUACUUAUGAUGACACUCUGCCAAAUUUUCAUUCACAUUAUUACAUGCUAAAGAAAGAAGAGAGAAACAAAAAUACGCAAGAUAAAAUUGUCGCUGUUGAUGUUUUUGCAGGCAGGCGUUGUUGAAAUUAGAGACAAAAGUAUUUUAGAGAUUAUUUAGGUCUGUGUUGACUUUUUUGGAAGAUGGACUACAAAUUAGAUUUGCUCCUGUCAUACGUAUUAUUCUGUCUUCCAAAUAAAAUUAACGAACUUUUGUUUUAGACUUCAACAUCUUUCAUUAUGUAUAGUACAGUCAUUACAAUCAGUGACUGUUGUUAAGAAUAGCAUAUAGGUCUAGAUCUUUAAAACUAAAUUUGUCAGUAGCUACAAAUCCAUAUUCUGAUGAAAGCACGUAGGUAUUUUAAUAAUACUCUCAAGGUUAACAAAUUGAGUUUGUUGAUUAGCAUGCAUGCGAUGAUACUCAGGUACAGUAAUAUAUAUGUGUUAUUCUUUAAGGACAUGCGGACUGAAAUCAUAAAAAGUUUAGAAUGAGCAACAACAUGUGUAAAAUAGAUAUAUGUGACUGUAAAGGCUACCGAAGUAUUUACAAAUAUUAAAAUAUGGUAUUCAAAUAGCCAGUCAGGUAUUCCCCCUAGAAAUAUACCCAGCUUUUGGUGUACUGGAGUAUUUAGAAAUAUUACAAUAUGGUAUUCAAAUAUACAGUCAGGUAUUCUCCCUAGAAAUAUACCCAGCUUUUGGUGUGCAUGGAUAUGGUUGCUAGGAGGCUAUAGUAUUGCUUUGUUUUUUCUAAUGAUUGAUUUGUUAUUUUAUGAAUGUUGGUGAUAUAUUUUUAAAAUGUAAUUUGAUACAAGGACGUUUUUGGAUUAAUACAGGUUUAUUUGCUAAAAGGUGCUGUAUGCGCAUGUAAGAUGUUUAAAUAAAGACAUAAUCUUGUGUUUUAACAUUGUACAUAAAUUGUGUAUUCAUCCAAGAUUUCAAUUAAAAAAAUAAUACGUUAGACUUCA